UUUCUGAGUCACCUAUAAUCAAGCCACCAUUAAGGCACACAUUCGUUAAUCAUUUCUCUCUCUCUCUCUCUCUCUCCCUCUCUCUCUCUCAUCAACUCCUUUCUUUUUGUUGUUCUUGCAGUUUGUCUCCAGCCAUGGGCAAAGUAAAGAAACUCAGAGAUCUGAUAGGAGUGAUCAAAGACAAGGCUUCACUAUCCAAAGCAGCCCUUCUUUCAAAACCCAACACCCUCUCUCUCCACGUAGCAGUCCUCCGAGCCACCACCCACUCCUCCUCCACGCCGCCAGACGUCAAGCACCUAGAGUCCCUCCUAUCUCUCGGCGACGCCUCACGCGCCACCGCCUCCGCCCUGGUGGAGUCCCUCAUGGACCGGCUCCACCGCACCGGAGACUCCUCCGUAGUCCUCAAGUGCCUCCUCACCAUCCACCACAUCAUCAACCGCGGCCCCUUCAUCCUACAAGACCAACUCUCCAUCUUCCCUUCCUUCGGCGGUCAUAACUACCUCAAACUCUCCGCCUUCCGCGACGGCGCCACCGCCACCACUUGGGUCCUCUCUGCCUGGGUUAGGUGGUACGCUCGCUACCUCGAAACCCUAUUAUCCACUUCAAGAACUCUGGGUUUCUUCCUAUGUUCAUGUUCAUCCACUCUAGAGAAAGAUAAGCAAGAUGAGAGGCUCUCAUCAUUCAUGACCGUUGAUUUAAUCAGAGACGUUGAUUCCUUAGUUGGAUUGAUCGAAGAAAUCUGCAAAGCACCCGAUUCUCUCCACGUCGAAGGCAACAGGUUGUUGGACGAGAUCAUGGGCUUGGUAGGUGGCGAUUAUCUGUCGGCAGUCAACGAGGUUUCGUUACGACUCAGUGAGUUCAUGGAGAGACUGAGUUGCCUCAGUUUCGGUGAAUCGGUUGAGUUGAUGUGUUGUUUGAAUAGGUUAGAAGAUUGUAAAGAGAGAUUGGUGGUGGGGUCAUUUACAAUAAAGAAGCCUUCAACGGAGACUUUGUGGGGUUUGAUCAGAGAGUUGAAGAAUAGGGUUGGGAUGAUCGAUGUUUAUAGAGAGAGUGGGAAGUUGGUAAGCGUGGGGCGGAGAGAGAAGGGAACUGAGUCAGCUCGGUUUGGCGACCGAGUUGUAAAGUAUGGUGACUCGGUUCAGUUUUCUUCAUCAAGGUUUGGUUUGGACAAGUUAUCUUUUAUGGUUUUAAAUUGAAUUAAUUGAUCACUUUUGUUGUUGUGAAAUCAACAUCUGUUUGAUACUUAUGUUAUAAAUUGGGAGUUCAUUGGAUAUUAGAAAGGAAAAAAUUGUAAAUA